GAUAGCUCUUCCUUCAGUAGCUUCCUUCAGUAGCUAUUUUAAAGAACCUCAAGUGAAAGGAACUGAACCAGAUCUAGAACUCCGACCUCCUCCCUCACCUCCCUGCCCCUCACCAGCUGCUUCUUGUCAAGUGAUCAGGCUGUCACUAGCGUCUGCAGGGUAAGGUUUCAGGUCAGUCAGAGUGUAUAAAGAUAGGUGCCAAGCCGGAGGCAGCAAAGACAGCCGUGAAUGGCCAGGGAGCAAUCAGAGUCCUGUUGCCACCUCCUGAGAUGGAGCCCUAAGGAGGUCCUGCGCUUCCCCUACCCCUGCUGGACUCAGAGAGAGUGGAAGGAAGGAAGAGAAGGGGGGGACAGAGAGAGAGAAACAUCAGUGUGAGAGACACAUCAACUGGUACCUCUCUCACGCGCCCCAACCAGAGGCAGGGAGUGAACCUGAAAACAAGCCAGGCUCAGCUGUGCAGACACAGGACCUCUACACCAUCCUCCCAAGAAACCGGAUCCUUCUUGGACUCCGUCAGGAAGGCAACGUAGAAAGGCAGCACUGGUUCCAUCUGCCUCCGCUGGCCUGUCUCCACAGCCUCCUCCCUGCGAAAGCCCAGGGCUGCAGAGCCACCUCUCUCCGCAGAUCUGAACUGGGCCCUCAAGGGACUGGGAGAAACAUCUGGGACCAUGGUUGGACUAAAGCCUUCAGAGAUGCCUCCGACAACAGCUGUGAAGUUCCUGGGGGCGGGCAUGGCGGCCUGUUUUGCUGACCUCCUCACCUUUCCACUGGACACAGCCAAGGUCCGCCUGCAGAUCCAGGGGGAGAACCAGGCAUCCCAGGCGGCCCGGAGCGUCCAGUACCGUGGCGUGCUGGGCACCAUCCUGACCAUGGUGCGCACCGAAGGCCUCCGCAGCCCCUACAGCGGGCUGGUCGCCGGCCUGCAGCGCCAGAUGAGCUUCGCCUCCAUCCGCAUCGGCCUCUACGACUCUGUCAAGCAGCUGUACACGCCCACAGGAUCAGACCACUCCAGCAUCGCCACCCGGAUUUUGGCGGGCUGCACCACAGGGGCCAUGGCGGUAACCUGUGCCCAGCCCACAGAUGUGGUGAAGGUCCGAUUUCAGGCCAACAAGCACUUUGGGCCGGGAGGCAACAAGAAGUACAGUGGGACAAUGGAUGCCUACCGGACCAUCGCGCGGGAGGAGGGGCUCGGGGGCCUGUGGAAAGGAACUUUCCCCAACAUCACGAGGAAUGCCAUCGUCAACUGUGCUGAGAUGGUGACCUACGACGUCAUCAAGGAGAAGCUGCUGGACUAUCACCUGUUUACCGACAACUUCCCCUGCCACUUUGUCUCUGCCUUUGGAGCCGGUUUCUGUGCCACAGUGGUGGCCUCCCCAGUGGACGUGGUGAAGACCCGGUAUAUGAACUCGCUCCCAGGCCAGUACCGCAGCCCCCUGGACUGUAUGCUGAAGAUGGUGGCCCAGGAGGGCCCCUCAGCCUUCUACAAGGGAUUUACACCCUCCUUUUUGCGACUGGGAAUCUGGAACGUGGUGAUGUUUGUCACCUAUGAGCAGCUGAAACGGGCCCUGAUGAACGUCCAGAUGCUACGGGAAUCUCCGUUUUGAAUAGGUCAGGCCACUUGGAUGCAACUGGAACAAAAUCAGUUAAGAAUGGAAUAAAGCAGUGGGUCCACGCACACGGGCACAGACCCACACAUGUUUACAGAGCUGUUUACUUGCUGACGACUCAAGAAACAGAAGGAGAAGAGGAGGAAGGAGUCUGGUCUUCAGUGCAUUGUCUUUUUCUUUUUUUUUCUUUUUUUCCCUCUUUCUUUUUUUCAGUGUGUUGUCUUAACGUUUUUGUUUUGCACUGAUAAGAUAGCAAAUAAAUUAUAUUAAUUUUUGAAACCCAGUAGGUUGGAUGCCUAACAUUUAGGCAAGAAAAAAUAAGCCAAACAGAUCCAUUUGGAUAAAUUGGAAGAUUGUAAACUGGAAAAUCUGAUUAGACAAUGAAAGAAAAGACUGCAAGCAUUGGUCGGGAGUGGCACAUGAUAGCUUGGCAACCGGCUCAGGAACCUGGAGGGACAUUGCCAAAGCAACAUAAAGCUUGUGCCCGCAGCCUUUGAUUAACCAUGGACCACCGGCCGUCUGUGUAAUGUGUCUGCUAUAUCGAAUCCACUGGGAUUCUAGGAAACAUGAGGAAAAAAGAGAAAACCUGGAAUUUGUACCAAAGGAGCACUGCUGGGCCAGUAAUAAUGUGGAUCAACUUCAUUCACAAUGAUAGAAUGUUUAAUCUGUAAACAGAUUUAAAAGUACUUUGGAUCCACAAAAGAUACUCUUAUCACAGGAUGGAAAGGAAAGCAGGAGUCCGGAACAAGAAGCUUUGUCAGCUCUGAUGCUGAUAAAAAUAGUCAAGAUCCAGCUGACACAGCCAGUAUAAGCAGUUUGGGUCUGUCUACAGGAUACACAAAGCUUAUUGAUUUCCUAUUUGAUUAAACUCUCAACUUUUUAAUGAUGAGAAAUCUUUCAUCAAAAGUUGGCAAAUUCUCA